AUGACAGUCCACCAGAUUUCCUCGAAUAAUUGUGACGACUCAGAUGAUAUGGUUAGUUUACCGUCGGAAGAAGAAAUAUAUAGGCGAAAAUAUCAAUUGUUACUUGAACGAUGUGAAGUUUUACAACAGGAUAAUGAACGAAUAGUGAAUAGAAUACACGAGGUAAAGAUAAUAUCAAAGCGCUAUAAGAAGGAUCUUAAAUUACUAGUGGAACGAUUGGAUAAACAUGGCGAUUCAUUCAGAACAGCUUCUAUUGAAAAUGACAUGAAACAAGAGAUCCCUCACAUUACAGUUAAAGCCAAUAAACCACAAACAUCUGCGCGUCAAGCAGAUAAGCAUAAUGCAACAGGUGGUAAGAAACCAGCACCUAAGAGAAAAAGCAAAGCAGAUAAGCCAGAAAGAGACCCUAAUGCUCCAAAAAAGCCUUGUAAUGCAUUCUUCCAGUUUUGUCAGGAACAAAGGCCUGUAGUCUUUGCUGAAACUACACAUGAAAUGGGCUCUGAACCAUCAAAACAAGAAGUCACAAGACAGUUGGCUUCAAGGUGGAGAGCACUAACAAAUGAUGAAAAGAGGAUAUAUGUUGCAAUGUUUGAGAGAUCAAAAGAAAAGUAUGCUGAGGAAAUGUCAGCAUACAUUAAGAAAGAGCAAUAA